UUGCUCAUGGUCCUAGCACCACUCACUAGCGAUCGAGUGUUGGUUGGAUUAGGCAGAGAAAAGCCUCCUUCACCCACUAUCUUAUAUAAAAAGUUGAUUUAUUUUUAUCUUCUUUCGUGGGUGCAGCAGAAAUGCUCUGUUGGGUAGAGGGAUCCGCUCGCUUUUGAAGAACACCAAAAAAAGAAGGGAAGCAAACCUGUAAACCUAUAUACUUUAGAAAAUGAGAGGAGGUGGUUUGUGGCAGCUUGGCCAAUCUAUCACCCGCCGUCUUGUUCAGGCUGAUAAGAAAGCUGUCGCUCGUCGAUAUUUUGCCUCAGAAGCUGAGCUCAAAAAGACAGUUCUCUAUGACUUCCAUGUCGCCAAUGGGGGCAAGAUGGUGCCAUUUGCUGGUUGGAGCAUGCCUAUUCAGUACAAGGACUCCAUCAUGGACUCUACAGUGAAUUGUAGAGAAAAUGGUAGCCUCUUUGAUGUUUCCCACAUGUGUGGGCUGAGCCUCAAAGGGAAGGACUGCAUUCCUUUCCUUGAGAAGCUUGUAAUUGCUGAUGUUGCUGGCCUUGCGCCCGGGACUGGGACUCUGACGGUCUUUACAAACGAGAAGGGAGGAGCAAUUGAUGAUUCGGUGAUCACUAAGGUGAAGGAUGAUCACAUAUACCUGGUUGUUAAUGCAGGGUGUCGGGACAAAGAUCUUGCUCACAUUGAAGAGCAUAUGAAGGCAUUCAAGAGCAAAGGGGGAGAUGUCUCUUGGCACAUCCAUGAUGAGAGAUCUCUUUUAGCACUGCAGGGACCUCUCGCUGCCCCAGUUCUCCAACACCUGACAAAAGAGGAUUUGAGCAAGGUGUAUUUUGGGGAGUUUCUAAUGUUGGAUAUCAAUGGAGUGCACUGCUACCUUACCAGGACUGGAUAUACUGGUGAAGAUGGAUUUGAAAUCUCAGUUCCUUCAGAACAUGCAGUAGACCUCACCAAAGCCAUCCUGGAAAAGUCUGAAGGGAAGAUAAGACUAACAGGGCUGGGAGCUCGAGACAGUCUUCGACUAGAAGCUGGGCUAUGUUUAUAUGGUAAUGACAUGGAGCAACAUACAACACCUGUAGAAGCAGGACUAACAUGGGCUAUCGGGAAGAGGAGGAGAGCAGAGGGUGGAUUUCUAGGAGCAGAAGUAAUCCUCAAAAUACUCGAAGAGGGUCCAAAAAUCAGGCGUGUCGGGUUCUUCUCGACAGGACCACCUCCUAGAUCCCAUAGUGAGAUUCAGGAUGAGACGGGGAAGAACAUUGGUGAAAUUACCAGUGGAGGGUUUAGCCCCUGCCUCAAGAAGAACAUUGCCAUGGGAUAUGUGAAAUCUGGGCUUCACAAGGCAGGAACCAAGGUUAAGAUUGUGAUCAGAGGAAAGGCCAAUGAUGGCAUUGUCACAAAAAUGCCAUUUGUACCCACAAAAUACUACAAGCCAUCUUGAUUCAUUAGUUAAGCGAUCCGGCGACCUGAUAUUCUAAUUGUUUGUUAUCUUGAGUUGUUUCUUAUAAAUCUGAUUGCUACUCUUUCUCCUUGUCUUUGUGCAGAAAGCUUGUUUUGAACAAAAGAUGUCAUCUUCUUUGUUCCAUGUGAAGUUUACUUUCAUUUA